GACUUGCAGCUGAAACAGAUCUAGGACAUUAAGAAAAUAGGCAUGUUAAAGAUCUUUUUAUUGGCGGCCGUUUCAGCGGCUGUAUUUGCAGAUAAUUCCUAUGUUGUGCUGACACCAAGUAGUUUUCGAGGUGGCCUUCCUCUUAGUGUCAGUGUAAAUAUUCUCAAGGCGACUGCUCCGGUAAGUGUAACAGCCACAUUGGCCAAUGAGUUUACAAAGAGAACCGUCGCUGCCGUUACUGGAUCAUUUACACAAGGGACUGCUGGAACACUUCAAAUAAAGGUGCCAAAUGACGUCAACGCUGGUUUUUACAAAUUACACGUAAAUGGUACCGGAGGGGCGACAUUCAAAAAUGAAACCACUAUAAGGUUUGAAAGCAAAAGCAUAUCCCUCUUCAUACAAACGGACAAAGCCAUGUACAAACCAGAGCAGACCGUCAAUUUCCGAGCUUUUGCAGUAUUUCCUAACUUGACAGUUUACACGGGCCCAAUGUACAUUGAUAUACAUGAUCCCGCCACAAAUAAGAUCAAACAGUGGACAGGAUUAACGGACGCAAGCGGUGUUGUUACAAAAUGCAUGAUUAUGGACAGUCAACCUGUGUUGGGAGAUUGGAAAAUUAAAGUUGUAGUUCCUGGGCAUUCUGAAGAAAAGGUGUUUACAGUUGCUCACUAUGUUCUGCCCAAAUUUGAAGUGACAGUGGAACUGCCAACAUAUAUGUUGACAUCAGACGACAGCAUAACAGGCAAAGUUAAGGCCACAUACACAUAUGGUAAACCAGUGAAAGGUACUGUGGACAUAAGUGUCAAGAUAGACCAUUGGUACAGACCAUAUAAUUACCAUGGAGACGAGCCACAGAUUACACAGUCUUUGUCGAUUGAUGGAGAAGCAUCUUUCACAGUACCUCUAGAUCUGAUCAAGCAAGCGGACCGUUACUUUAAUGGUCUGGUUGUAGAAGCAAAUGUUACUGAGAGUUUAAACAGCAUAACACUGACCGGUAGCAGUACAGUAAAACUCUAUUCAUAUGCUGUCAAGCUGGAAUUCCUACAGUCAAACCCUAACACCUUCAAACCUGGACUACCAUAUACAGCUUACGUAAGAGUAGUUCAGCAAGACGAUACACCAAUUACAGGAAAACGUCAAGCACUUACUGUAAAAGUUCAGUCGACCUAUGAGGAUACAGUAACUGGCACUACCCCGUACCCCUGGUUCAGUCCCCUGCAGCAUACCUACUACAUGCCAGAGCAGACAUUUACCGUACCAGACACAGGAAUAGUACACAUCCAAGUGGAUAUCCCAGACAACACAAUUCACAUCAAUGUAGAUGCAAAAUAUGGACAUGUCAGUUCUAGGCUAAGUCUCUCAAAGAGUUAUUCUCCUAGUGAUAACUACAUGCAGCUCUUCCUAAAAUCAUCAAAUCUCAGGCCUGGACAAACUGCCACAUUUGACAUCAAAUCAACAGAAUCUGUCCCAAGUGCUGUCUAUCAGGUUAUGUCUCGUGGUUCUGUUGUCGCGGCUGGAAGCUUUAUAGGAAAUACUUUCAACAUUCCUAUAGAUUCCGACAUGGCACCUAACGCUAGAAUCAUUGUGUAUUAUGUCCGAACUGAUGGAGAGGUUGUGACAGACAGCAUUAGCUUUGAUGUAGAUGGCGCUUUCCAAAACGAAGUUACAAUCGACUUUGACAAAACGAAAGCCCAACCAGGAGAAAAUGUCAACGUCAUUGUAAAAGCAGAUCCAAUGUCUGUCGUAAAUCUGUUGGCAGUUGAUCAGAGUGUUCUCCUGUUGAAGUCGGGAAAUGACGUCACAGCGUCUGAGGUGAUUGACGAACUGAAGUCCUAUGACACAAUAAAACACCGAAAGAAGAUGGCAGUAUGGUGGCCAUAUCCAGUCUACUACGGUGGAUCAGAUGCAAAGACAAUCUUUGAUAAUUCUGGCGUUCGAGUGAUGACAGAUGCAUUCGUAUACCACCACGUGGAACAACACUACUAUAAUGCAUGGCCGUCUCCAGUAAUGUUGUAUACAAUGAAGCCUGGUGGAGUGCCUAACCCCUCGGCAACUUUGAAAACAGUGGACAAAGUAAGAUCCGUCUUUCCGGAAACCUGGCUUUGGAUAAAUUCAACUGUUGGAGCUGAUGGUACAACAACAGUUAGUACUACCGUUCCGGACACGAUCACAUCAUGGAUUGCCAGCGCUUUUGCUGUAAACUCUGUGUCUGGUUUGGGCGUAGCCUCUUCCACUGCAAAGAUUGAAGCUUUUAAGCCGUUUUUCGUGAGUUUGAACUUGCCAUAUUCUGUUGUGAGAGGAGAACAGCUCGCUUUACAAGCUAACGUGUUCAACUACAUGUCCCAAGAUCUUGAUGUUAUUGUGACGCUGGAGCAGUCUAAUGACUUUAAAAAUGUCAUCGUGGAUACCUCUGGAAUAGUACAGUAUGCUUCGCAACAACAAACAGAAACAGUUCAUGUUGCAACGGGAGCAGCAAAGAGCGUAUUUUUCCCAAUCGUUCCCGCAACCCUUGGAAAGAUACCUCUCACAGUGAAGGCCCAAUCCGUUCUUGCUGCUGAUGGUGUACGCAGGCAGUUGUUGGUUGAGCCUGAGGGUGUGGCAAAGGAAUACAGUAACCCAAUAUUGAUAGACCUGAAGAAUGCAACUUCAUUCAGUACAGAUGUCGCACUGUCUCUCCCAGCUGGUGUCGUUGCCGGAUCACAGAGGGUUGUAGUCUCAGCAAUUGGCGACUUGAUGGGACCAAUUGUAAACAGUCUCGACAAAUUACUGCGCAUGCCCACCGGAUGUGGCGAGCAGACAAUGCUUGGAUUUGCUCCAGAUGUUUUCGUGACUAAUUAUCUGGCAGCAACAAGUCAGCUCACUGGCGAUAUUGAGGAGAAGGCAAUCAAUUUCUUAGAGAAAGGCUAUCAGAGAGAGCUCACGUUUCGGCAUAAAGAUGGCUCAUUCAGCGCCUUUGGUGACAGAGACAAGUCCGGAAGCAUGUGGCUAACGGCAUUCGUAACAAAGUCAUUCCAUCAGGCAAAGAAGCAAAUCUUCAUUGAUGAUGAAAUAAUUAACCGUGCUAUAUAUUGGAUGGUAAGCAGACAAAAUUCUAAUGGGUCAUUUCCAGAACCAGGACGUGUUAUCCACAAAGACAUGCAGGGAGGAGGUUCUGCAUCAGGGCUGGGACUCACAGCUUUUGUUCUGAUUUCACUGCUGGAGAAUACCGACCUAGGAGGUGUUUUUGAACAGGCAAUCAUCAAAGCCGUUACUAUGGCAACAGGCUACGUUGAGUCCCAGUUGUCCACUACAUCAGAUGACUACGCUUUGGCUAUCAGCAGCUACGCCCUCCGCCUUGCUAAAAGUUCCCACGCCGAUGCCGCCUUCACCAAACUCAACAACGAUGCCAUUGUAAAAGGUGGAAUGCGUCAUUGGCACAAGGCCCAGACAAGUACUUCUAGUCAUCACUACUGGAGACCAUCUCAUUCUCAAGCUAAUCCCAUUGACAUUGAAAUGACGUCAUAUGCAUUGCUCGUGCAGGCGGCAAAACAAGACUUUGGUAAUGGUAUCCCUAUUAUGAAGUGGAUAAACUCACAGAGAAACUCUUAUGGCGGAUUUGCUUCGACACAGGACACUGUUAUUGGACUACAAGCGCUCUCAGAGUUUGCAGGAAUGUUAUAUUCUGACAGUUUUGAUAUCAAAGCCACAAUCACAGCUGGAACAUUUACUCAUAAAUUCUCCUUCAACAAACAGAACGCACUGCUUCUUCAAACAGUUGUACUUCCAUCCAUUCCUAGUCAGGUGUCUGUGACUGCAACUGGAUACGGCAUGAUGGUACAUGUUGAUAUCAACCUGUCAUUCCACGUAGAACAGGAGAUUGAAGAAAAAUCAUUUGAUGUCACUGUAACCAUGGUACAGGAAACUAUCGAUUUCCUCUCAAUCAAGACAUGCGCAGCUUGGUUGAAGACAGGAGCGAGCGGUAUGACGGUACAAGAAGUCGGCAUACCGUCUGGGUUCGAGGCGGAUCUGGAGAGUAUCGCUGGUAUUGCAGAGAUUAAGAAGGUCGAGACUGAAGACAGAAAAGUUAUCCUAUACUUCGACGAGAUUACAACAAAGCCAAUCUGUCAUACUAUGGAUGUGAUCCGAACUGGUUUAGUAGCAAAAUCCCAACCAGCAACGGUCAGAGUAUAUGACUACUACCAGCCAAGCAACCAAGUGACUGCCUUCUAUCAGUCUCACGUGCUUAAGAACGCAGAUAUCUGUGACGUAUGCAAAGAUUGCGGAUGCAAGAGUGCCAGAAGAUAAGUGUGCAGUGCAGUUGAAAACACACAAAAUUACCUUUAUGUAUCAGUUAAGACAAACAUUCAUACUUCUGUUCUGAAAGUGACUUAUUACAUAAUUGUGAGUCGACAAACACUGUUAUGACCGAAUAAUACUUUGCUCUGUUCUUUCUUCAUGCCUAUACGUAAAAAGACAUAAAGAUUAUUUACUAGUUCAAUGAUAAUUGGUGUUUUUGCUUUCUAUAUGCCUAAAAAAUUGAAUUAUUUACUAGAUUAAUGGUGUUUGGUGUUUCGUGCUUUCUUUAUGCCUAAUUAGACAUUUGAAUUGUUUUAAGUUCAAUGAUAUAUAUUGUGUUUCUUUUAAAUGAUUUUCCUUUUCUUUGCAUUGUUCCAUUUUUUGAGUUUAUACUUCGCAAAUAAAAUUGCUCUGUUGUAGA